CGCCCUCUGUAUUGUCAAUGUUGUUAGGCUUACCAAAUGGAGUCUAAUGGAGUCGAUUUAAUGAAAAUCCUCUAAAAAAUCAAUCAAAAGCAUGAGAAAUUCCUUUGAAAUGACCUAAUUAUGAUUUUAAUGUUUGUGCAAGUCUUGGAAAGCUAUGUAGCAGUGCAGAGUGGUUAAGCUGCCUGCACCCAUUAAGUGCAAUGUCACAUAGAGUAAAGAGGCCUAAUCGUUCUGAAGAUGGCUCAGUUCCUGUUAAAAGGCGCAAACGUACGGCGGCGGAGGAAGAAGAAGCGACCCCCGUGGCCCCGGUCACAACUACAGCGACAACCAGUAGUGCCAGUGGCGCAGGAGUGGGGCCAGGAGGGGCUCCGGGCGGCUCUGGGGGGGCCGCUUGGCAGCCUCCGCGUACCAACGACCUGAAAAGCAUCUAUAAUCGUACCACCACCGAAGCGCCGGCUGAGUUAUUCCGCAAGGAUCUUAUUUCAGCUAUGAAAUUACCGGAUUCCGAACCGCUGGCCAGCGACGAGUACUGGGUGAUCAUCGACCAAUGGAAACAGGAAUGGGAAAGGGGGGUCCAAGUCCCAGUCAAUCCUGAUUCGUUGCCUGAGCCGUUGGUCAGCAUCAAACCGAGUUCCUCGAAAUUUAGACCAAGCACUGAUUUCAAAUUACCCAAAAAAUACAUCCGCAUCACGAAAGACGACAACUUCAAGGUGGAGGACCACCUGCUGUCCGACGCGCCCGCCAGAGCUGAAGCCGCUUGUUCUUACGAUCUGGACGAAUGCGACGUGGCCUGGUUAAAGAUCUUCAACGCCGAACGGGCUUCGUCUGGUUUAGGACCAUUUAGCGAAGAGCAAUUGGAAAAGGUUAUCGAAAGGUUGGAGUUGUGCUGUUGGGAUAAAAUUCAAUCGAUACUUAGGAACGAGGAGGGUUUGGGAAUAGAAUACGACGAGAACGUGAUCUGCGACGUGUGCCGAUCCCCAGACUCUGAAGAGGGCAACGAAAUGGUGUUUUGUGAUAGUUGCAAUAUCUGCGUGCACCAAGCGUGCUACGGUAUCACUCGAAUACCCGAAGGCCAGUGGCUGUGUUGCACCUGCAACAUCGGCAAGAGACCGGAAUGCGUGCUGUGUCCGAACAAGGGGGGCGCCAUGAAGUGUCUGCGAACCGGACAGAAGUGGGCGCACGUCUCCUGCGCUCUUUGGAUACCAGAAGUCAGCAUAGGAUGCGUAGAAAAAAUGGAACCCAUCACGAAAGUUUCCAGCAUACCCCAAAGCCGUUGGGCCCUAAUAUGCGUGCUAUGCCGCGAACGCGUCGGCGCCUGCAUCCAGUGCUCCGUAAAAACCUGCAAAACCGCCUACCACGUGACCUGCGCCUUCAAACACGGCCUCGAAAUGCGAGCCAUAAUAGAAGACGAAAACGCUGACGACGGCGUCAAACUCAGAUCCUACUGCGAGAAGCACAGCAAAUCCAGCAAAAAAGAGAAGAGCAUCUGUUCGGGGUCCGAAGACGAUGACGUCAAAAGAAAGAAACGCAAAGAUAUGACGUCAGAAGAGAAGAACCAAGCUAGAGCGAUACGUUUGCAGGAGAUCGAAGCCGAGUUCUUCAAGCACGUUUCGGUCAAAGAUAUUUCUAUAAGAUUUAACGCAGAUAACGAUUCCUUGCAGUACAUUUAUAACUACUGGAAGCUGAAGAGGAAGGCUGGAUUCAAUAAGCCGCUAUUGCCGCCGAAAUCCGAUGACGUUGACGUAUUAUCACACAAGAGAGAACAAGCCGAUGUGGAGAAGAUGAAGAUGUUUGUUCAGCUACGACAAGACUUGGAACGAGUUAGGAAUUUGUGCUACAUGGUCAGCAGAAGAGAGAAGCUAUCAAGAACUUUCUUCCGGAUGAGGGAACAGACUUUCCAUAAACAAGCAGCUGUGUUAGAUACAACUACGUCAUUACCGCCUUCCGUCAUCGAAGCGGUCAUAGAAGCCAAUCACGGUCCUUCCAUCUACGACCGAUUAUACUCGCAUAACGAAGCCGAAGAUCACACUAAUGAUUUCGAAUCGAUCCUAGCUCGGAUAGCGGGGAAAUCCCCGCCGCAUUCGGGCGACGAAGUUAACGGGUUGUUCAAAGACGUCAAAAACAAUCCGUACAAGAAAAUGUACAACGGAAGUUACUCCAAACGACGCAGCGCCAGUAUGUACGGCAGUAGCGUAUCAGAAGCCAGCAGUAGUGAUGAAAAACCGAAAGAUAAUAAAGAAAAUCGGAUACACACCGAUACCGACGAUGAUAAACCGUCUAUAUCUAAGAAGAAACCCGCAAAUGUAUCUAGUAAUAAGAAGAAUAACGUAAGUAAGGUUGUGGAGAGAAAACGGCGAAAGAAACCCGAUGAUAAAUCUGUCAGUAACAAAAUCGAUGACAGCAGUAGCGAAGAGGACGUUAAAAUUACCGCCAAAAAAGAUUGGGGAAGUAGAUCCCGAUUGAGCCAAAUGGAACGCGAAUUGGGGGUGUCCGGUAGCGAAAGCGAUGAAUUGAUGCCGAUAAAAAUGGCGCCCAAGGAAGAAGACAAUCAAAAAAUGUCGUCGAUCUAUUCAGAUACCGACAGCUCGGAUGAAUCUGCCAAAAACGAUGACAAAUCCUCGAACGCGACCAAUGACUCUCAGAGCAAAAUACGCACCAAAGCUUCGGUAAAGGAGUUCUUGCAUAAACCUUCCAAAAGCAAUAAGAACGCGGUCGAAAUUGUUAAGAAAAAGUCCAAAGAAAGCAAACCGGACGGAGAUAAAAAGGAUAAUAAAGACGCUAAAAAGAAGGAUUACGUACCGUCCGAUCUCAUCGUACCCCAAAGGCAAGCUGCUAAAAAAGCGACGGAAAAUCUAAAGACCACCACCACUGGUAGAACGAAAGACCAUCCCGUACCUGUAGAAGAUCCACCCAAAGUAAUAGAAGAAAAGACCAAUAAGCAGAAGAUCAAAUCGAGCAAACCAGUUAAAGACAAAGAAUCUCCGCAACAGGACGUGGUGCCGAAAGAAAAGGAAGCACCCAAAGAAGUUGUUAAAGAUAGGAAGAAGGAUAAAGAUAUUGUUAAUAAGCAGUCAGUGGAAACUGUAGACGACGAUAAAAUCGACGUGCAGGAGUUGCUGUACGUGCCGCAAAGACAGGCUGCUAAGAAGGCUGCCGAGCACAUCAAGAGCGGGUUGGGAAAACCCGCAACGGCGGUCGCAAGUGAUGCGCAAGCGCAAAUACAAGUACAAGAAUCAACAGAUAAAGAUAAAGUUGUUAAGAAAGAAGUGGAGGUUAAAAAGGCCGAAACUAAGAAACCGGCGAAAGUGUCCGAGAGCAAACGAAAGUCUUCCACCAAUUCCAGCAGCAAUUCGUCUUCCUCGUCCUCUAGUUCCACCGAUUCUUCAACGAGUUCGAGUUCGGAGAGCGAUGAUGAUAAAGAUAGUAAAGCUAAAGUGCCGCAAUCGGAGAGCUCACCCAAGCGGUCGUCAGCUAAGGACUGGCCCUUUCUUGACAAGGGAGCCAGACCCGCGGCGACCUCUGGUUCCUCGAGCUCCAGCGAUUCAAGCGCCUCACCGCCACAACAACAACGGUCCAUUCCAUCGCUCGCCGCACACGAACAAUCGACACCAACAACCGCUACCAAUACCAAACAACCAGCCAAGAGGAGUGGUGGCGAUAAGAAACACCCUGUACCAGCUGCUAAGAGAGAGGAACAACAGCCCCAACAACAACAACAACAGCGACGCGGAGGAAGAGGCAGAGGUCGUCCCAAAGCCUCCAACUCUGGUGAUCGGAUCGGAGAUGCUGAUGUCGGGCGUCGAGAUUUGUCUGAUGGCCAACGUGUCAGUCUGGAAGGAGAUCGAAUCAAGACCAAUCGAAAGGGAAGAUCGGACGACCACAAAGAGGCCGCGACCGAGUCAAGGCUACUCCCUAAGGUCAACGAAACGGACAAGAAGCUGAAAGAGAAUCGUCUGUCUUCCUCAGAAAUCGGAUCUUUGGAGAAGGAGAUUUUGGACAGGAAGGCCAAGAAUAAGGCGUCGAUGUUCGAAAGGCUGUUCGGUACGCCAGAUAAAGAAAAAGAGAAAGAAAAAAAUAAAGUAGUCAAACCGGAAAAAUCGGAACGAGUCAAGAAAGAUUUAUCCAAAAUAUUAGACAACCAUUCUAAAGCUGACCGACCGUUGAUAGCACCCGAAAAACUUACGAUACCGGAUAAAAACAACAAAAUCACUGACAGAAUGAAACACACAGACAAAGAGAAACAGCGCAUCUCUAUAUCCGACAAAGAGAAACAACGCAUUUCUAUAGCCGACAAAGAGAAACAACGCAUCUCUAUAGCCGACAAACACAAACAGCCGGAAGAACCGAAAUCGUUACCAGAUCUAUCUGAAAAACUUACCAAAUCAACCGCAAAGGAUUCGUUGAUUAAAUCGCCGAAUAAAGAACUCAAAGAUCAAAUCGACAAGAAACUGGAACAGAAGGAUGACAAAAAGCUGACUAAUAAAAAACCGAUCACCAAGAACAAAAGCAUCGACGAUAUCUUCGCUAAUAAACUUUCUUCCAGCGAAACCAAAGAAAAUGUGGAAAAGAAACCGCCGACUCCUAAGCAGUCCAAAGCCACCGAUGAAAUCACUUUGGCCGAUAAGAUCGUCGACGAUCAUUUACAAACGCACAAGGCCAAGGAUCUGUUCAACAUUAAUAUUAACAUUAACCGACAAUCUGAUAUACAAGAAGCUUUCCAUGUUGCUCCAGAUCUGACCAAAACGUUAUUGAACGAUUUGGAUAUGGAAAAGAAGAAUUCCAUCAAACCAGCUGGGAUUACUAACCAAGUUUUACAGAACAGAUCAAUUUUCUCCCCACAACCUCACGUCAAAGAUGCCGCAGACUUUCUGGAUUUGGUCAAUUUUGACGAUAUCGGUAUCACGAAAGACGAUGAAUUAUUGAAGACUCCGUUACAGUGGAACUUCAACAGUACCGCCAAUAACAUAAUUCGCGAAGAUACUAAAGAAGAUAGCGCUCGGGAGACUUUGAAUUUGGUCGAAAAACUUCGGAUGGGAUUGUCGAAGAAGUCCGGUGCCGAUGAACCAACUACCAGUUGUGAUAUGACAUCCGCGCGACUCUCAGAUGAUGGUAAAGAAGAUAAUUUGCAGCUAAAGGAGCCAGUGAACGAAAUUGGCGCCGAUAAAUUCCCAGACUUGGAUAAAGUGGCUGCUCAACAAGAUUUCGAUUACAGCAGUGGCGAUCAAGCCUAUAUGACGAACAGCGCACCUGUAGAAGUUGCUAAAGCGGUACCUAUGCAACGAUCUGAAAGCCAUACCGAUCAUACAGCGCCCAUACAAGGCGAUGAACGGUGGGUACCGCCCAGCAAUAGUUAUUCCAACAUACAACCAGUGGAUCCCAGAAAUUAUAUCGAUACGGUAGUUCCGUCGGUCGACUCUCAAUAUCUAGAUACCCUAAAUGAAUUCAGUAGUAAUACAAAUUCUGUUGAGAGUUUGAAUCAGGAACAUCACAAGAAGUACCACCAGCAGCAACACCAACAGCAGCCACAGCAACAGCAAUUACAGCUACAGCAGUCACAGCAACAGCAGUUACAGCAACAGCAGCCACACCAACAACUGCCACACCAACAGCAGCCACACCAACAGCAGCCACACCAACAGCAGCAACACCAACAACAGUUGAAUUCUUCGCUGCCGAGGGAAUUAGAAGCGAGGUUGCAGGAGGAGGUGUUGAAAUCUCAUUCGCCAUUGUUACAAGACAGGCUAGAUCGAAGGAUAUCGCAGACGCCGCUCAUAGAUCCGUCUUCCAUGGAUUGCAUGAACAGUCCUAUGCCGUACGGGAAUAUACAUCCGCAAGCCAAGUGGGCGGAUUGCGAAGUUAUGCCAAAUAGAAGGUCGUCGUCUAGCUCGGGGUCGUCAUCCAGCUCGGGGUCGCGUAGAGAUGAAGACGAAACCCAAAGAAUGCCGCCAGACGUACGAAUGAUCAACCACACCCUCGACAUGGCCGCCUACAUACCGACGCAAGUUCCUCAAAUGUACCCUCAGAAUCCAUUGGACAGCUUCGGCGGCUAUUCCACCUCGGCUACGGACAACUCCUGUUAUCCCGUUAGUUUAUUCCCACCACCCAAUCACAAUACUCAACUCCCAUUUCCUCCCACAGGGUAUCCGCCCGCCUUCGGCGCUCCUUUUCCCGCUCCCUCGCAUUCCAUGCCCGCCGCAGUCGGUAUGGCGAAACCUGUUGAGGAUGCAGUGAUGCAUCCGUCGUCGACGUGUACGGCUGCUUUUACGUCGUCUCAGCAGAACAUGGCGUUUACGGCGGCUAUGGUUAUUAUGCCGCCUACCACACCUAAGCCUAUGGAACAGCAAUUGGAGGAGCAUCUGUUGGGACCGCCCAUCGGGGUAGAACCUGUGGCACCGCCCAUCGAGGUAGAACCGGUGGCACCGCCCGUCGAGGUCGAGCCGGUAGCUCCGCCCAUCGAAAUCGAGCAGGAAGCUCCUCCUUCGUUAACUCCUACUACGUCUGCAGAAGAAGUGGUUCCAUCUCCCGCGCUCAGUAACAGCACGCCCACGGCCAACAGUAGUACCCUACCGUCACCUAGUACCUCAUUGAAAUCGAACAGCUCCGCUGGCAAGAAGUCGCCUAGCAAACCAACGAGAACCUCGGCCAGAGUCAGUUCUCAGAUGAUGAAUAAAUCGCCAGCCAAAUCGCCCGGAAAAAGUCCCAGGCAGGAAAUAGCCCUUAAACAAAGCGGUCCUGGAAGGGGACGAGGCGAGAAUAAGAAAGGUUCUGGAAAAUCUGGAACCACCAGAGGAUCCGGAACUCUUAGGGGAAGGGGCCGAGGUCGAGGAAGAGGACGGGGUAGCCAUCAUAUUAGCGAUUACGAUUUCAUGAGCAGUAUGAGCACGGGCACGAUUCACAACAAAUUGGUGGGAACCGUGUACGAUUUGGACUUUGAUGAUGACAUUUCCAAUGACAACAUGACAGAUCUGAAGUCGAUGCGAGAAAGGCGGAAAUCGCUGGAUAUACAUGAAAGGAAAUUCGAACCGUUUUCAUCCACUAGAGAUUCUCCGCGUUCGCCCAAAUUUUCUAGUCCAUCGCAAACAUCACAUAAAGGUCGAAGUUACGCGACCGAUUUGCGGGAUUUAAGGCCGCCCACUCCUAUAGAGGACAGUCGAUCGAAGAGCGACAUAUCUCGUGCCAAUUCGAAUAAUGAACCACUGCAGGCGUUCCCGGACGUGACUCCGCCCCUUCCUGGUCCCGUGGACAUGCGCACAUACAACUCCAGUUUCGAUCAGCAAACGUACAACGAGCAGAACUUGCUGAGCGCAUUCGCUAGCGGAACAGCAGAAACACAGGUCCAGGAAAUCGACGAAGACUUCGAAAAGGAACUCCAUUCAGCGCUGACGGCCAAGAAACCUGUCGAAACGCCACCACCGUCUGAAUCUUCCAAUUCCAGUAGCAAUAUCAAAGUAUCCUUAUCCGAUUCGCGUAAUCAAUUGAAAGUUAAAAUCAAAGGUCCCAUAGCGAAUUACACUUCUACCGUGGUGCCUUUGCCGCCCCUACCACCUCCGACUCUUGAGGUACCCAUCACCAUUAAUUCCGUAGCCAAUAACGCCAUCCUGAACACCAUUCCUAGCGUGGUUUCGGGUGGAGGUGGGCCAUCCAGUUUAAGGCGGAUGCGAAAGAAGGAGUUGCUGAGGCAGUAUUGGACGCAGGAUAUGAAUAUGGACGAUCCUGCUAGUAAUACCGGUUUCACGGCACCUACAGCGCCGCCUAUCAGUCGCACCAUCAUAACCAUUCCAAAAGCCGUUGCCUCCAUGACGUCUAUUCCCACCAAGGAAGAUUACCGGGACUACCGCACCGACUCCGAUGACCUCAUUGACUCGAAACACCACCGCAAAGAGUUCAAAUCGCGGCCGAUGUCACGAGAGCUACGCCAAUUGGAUCUGUCGAGCGACAACGACGGCCUUCUAGAGAGGAGGCGGAGCUUGGGCGGAGCGAAUUCCAGCAUGGAUAAGAGGCGGGGCAGACCGUUGAGGCCGUCGGCGAUGCAGCAGAUGCAACCGCAGCAGCCGGUUACGCCCAAAUUGAAAAUCAAAAUCGGUAAUAAUAAUACGAACAGUAUAGUGGGCAGCGUGGUGCCACAAGUGGAGAUCGCAGACGAUAAGAGGGAUAGGAUACGACCGCCCAAGAAGAGGUUGGCCGCGACGCAGAACAAGCCUACGGUGGAGGAAAUGAAGCGAAUCAGCAUGAAAUUCCGCAAACAAAUGCUCAAAGACCUGCGCGUCAAACACAAGAAAAAGGACAGGAGCGAGAGGAAAAAGAAAAAGAAACUCAAAUCCGAACUGCAACUAAUCGCUCAUACGGGCGAGAAUCCAACGAAACUGAUCAUCAGAUUCGGUAAAAAGAGUGAUAGCGGUACCGGUGGCGGUGGUAACAGCGGUGAUUGUGACAAACGGACUAGCGGUUGUGAAUCGGAGGACCACAAAAAAGACCACUUAGGCGAUCCCAAUGUCAGUGUCGUCGAUCUAAAAGACCCCCUAGCAGAUACGGAUACGGACGAUAAAUACCCCCCGCCCCCCAUCAAGCUCACGCCGAUCAAAUUAAAACUGUCCCGGUGCCAAGAGGGUAGUGGUUACGUGAUGAAACCACCCGUCCAUAACGCGACGAAGGAACAGGAGGAGGAGCGUUCGGUGCAGCCGGGCCAACCCCCGCCCGAUCCGCUCGCCAUCGAAGCCACGCCCUCCUCUUCCAACGACGUCGUCGCGGAGCGCUCGCGCCCCGCCCCUCCGCUACCGAAAGACUGCGAAGUUAGAUGAUAAUCGUGUAAAUUAAUUUAUGUCGAAAUUGUGUAAUAUAUUGUAAUAUUGGUUGGAUAUAUUAUAAAUAGAUAUAUAGGUGACCAGUGAUGGCGGAUUUGAAUAGAUCCAGGGGAAUAAUGGAUAUUUGUACAGUUAGAUGAGACGACGAUGUCGGAGUGCUGGCUGCUAUGUUCACCUGUUUUUUGAAUCCACACCACGUUGUUAAAAGCUGACUUACUUACUAGUGAAUGCGUGCAUGCUAAGCGGGAGGCACAUACGGACGAGGUUGGUCUCGGUGUUGUUUCUCUUUGGCCUGGACCGAGCUGUUUAUCUUUUUGUAUCGUUCGUAAUUAAAUUGGAAUAAUCGCAAGAACUAAGGAGAGGGACAGAAAAGGCCGAAAUGGUGGGUACAUAGUUUUAUUUAUUGUGAGAGAGAGAAGAGAGAGUUGGGUCCAAUGAUUUAAGGUCGAUUUUGGCCAGUCUGUAUCAUGUUAUGGCAAAUUUAAUUAGCAAUUUCUUUACUUCAAAUUGUUUUAGUUUUUGCUCCACUUUCAAAGAAAAGAUUGGACUGUUUUGUAAUCGUUCUAAUUGGUUUAUUGUGUAGAAUUUUUUUUACAGUAAUCCAAAGGUGAAUUUAAUUCCUAAGUUUUAUUGGUACCUGUUUUGUUGUUUUUCAAAUUUGUUUGUUCCUUGUUGUGUCUUACUUCAUUUUUCUUGCUUUUUUCUGAAAUUGAAUAAUUUUCAUUGCAUUUAUUCUAUUUUCCUACUUGUACUGUACUGUCAUACCCAAUUUUCAUUUGCUUAAAUUAAUAAUAGUAUUAUGUUGUUUUUGUUAUUUCAACUUCUGCGUUUCCUAUUAUCGUUUUAUUUUUACAAAACGUUCUGAAACUGUCAGUAGUUCAAAUGUACCUUUGGCUGUAGACAUUUCUUGAAAUGGUUUUAAAUUGUUUUUAUUGGUGAUUUGUGUAACGUUUAGGCUGGCCAAUCAAUUUGCUCUGUCCGGACCGUUUUUUGUUAUUUAUUUUUUUACUUUUUUUUUUCUAAAGUUUAGGUGUAUUUAAUAUAAGUAGAUAGAUAUGAUAUAGAGAUGCCUCCAUUUCGUGAAUGACUGUCUCUUUCGCACACUCAACCCCCUCCCUAACUCUCAAAUACUCGUCGAUUAUAAAGAAACGUAAUGAACGAUACAAAUAAAGAAAGAAGCAGGAGAAAAAUGGUUCGUCGGGCGUAGAGAAAAACCGAGACGCCCUGUAUGUGAUAUUUCAGUGUACAAAGUCAAUUAUGGCCACAGACCUGUAAUCAUAUUUUUGUACAUAUUGUAAGUUAUGGUAAUUAUUAUUAUUAUUGUGAAUAUACAAACACACUAUAGUACUAAACUAAUUUAUAUAUGAAAUUUCAUUUAAAAUGAUGAUUAAUAAGUCGUGUUAACGAAACGUUUUUUGAUAGGUAGAAGUCGUUAUUAGCAGAAAUGAAUUGACUCAACGUACAGGUGGGCGGUCAAAAUGUAUAUGUGCAGUGUGUCCAAAUAACUGUCAGGCGAAAUAUCUUGAAAUCUAUUAGAGAUAUUUGAAUUAAAAAAUGUUUGAUACCAUGUACCAAACAUUUGAAAUAAUUUAAUAAUUUAUAGUUUCAAAGAUAUUUGACCUGCCCAUUUUUAAUUGGGAUAAGCAGUUCUUUUGUUCUUGCAAUCUUUUAAUUUUUACCAACAGUGCUCUUAAAUUUCUUUAUUUAUAGAAAACUUAAUUUAAUUUUUGCUUCACUCGAAAUUAGUUUUUUUUAAUGAUUAAUUUUUGAUGUAAAUCGAUUGCAAAUUUUCUACAGGAAUAUGUAAAUAAUUAUAUUUUGCAUGGAUUUAGGAUAUUUGUAUUACACUGGUAUUAAAAUUGUAAUGUUUAAAUUUAUCCUUCUGUUUUGUAAAUUUAUCCAUCAAUUUUAUAAAGCUAUCCAUACAUUUAUAAAUGUACCCAUCAAUUUAAAAAUGUUUCUAUAGUCCACUAAUUUAUAAAUGAUUCAAUGAAUUUAUAAAUAAAACCACUGAUUUAAAAGUUUAGUCACAUAUUUCUAUCAUUCACUAUUUCAUAAUUGAGUUCAUUCAUUUAUAAAUUUAUCAAAAAAUUAUUAUAUGUACCAAUUUAUAAGUUUCUCCACUAUCUGAUUAGUUUUAGAUAAUUUGUUUCAUAAAUAAUAUCUGUUUAAUAUAGGAAAUUGAAUCAAAGUAGUGAAUAAACUUUGGUGCAAAAACUCAUUAAGAGCGUAUACAUUCAUAAAUAAUGGGUAUAAAAUGGUACUAUGAGUGAAGUGUCAUAUAAAAUAGUGGAAAUCUCUAUAAAUCUCCAUUUUCUGAUUUUUUACUUUAUUUUACCUUUUUUUGGCUCUUGUUUCACUGACAGAAUGGCUAGUAGUUCAAUAAAUCCAGCAAAUUUCUAUAUUUAACUUAAUCAAAACCACUAAUUCAUGUAAAAUUGAAGUAGUAGUUCAAAUGUCCUUUUCCAAAAUUAAAUCAAAUCACGAUAGGUUUGUUUAUUGAUGGGAAAUAUAAUUAUUUGUGUAAAUGUACCAUUUAUUCGAACAACGAUGAUUUUUCUCGAUAUAUAAAUAUACGUUUCGAGCCGCCCCCGUAUACAUAUAAAAAUAUAUAAAUAUUGUACAGAGCAAAUGGCUUGCGUGCAAUUUUAUUAAAGAUGUUGUUAUGAAAGCCAUUGGGUUUUUUAUUAUUAAUUAUAUAUUGUACAGUUUGUCCUCUUUUUUAGUGAGACUUUGUUUUUACGCAGGGUGGUAAUAUGAUAUCAGUAAGUGAGGUUUUUUAAGUUUAUUACGAUUUAUUCGGUCUUCUAGAUAAGUGAGAAAAUUAUCAAUUAUUAAGUUGAUAAUUGAGGUAUUUUGAAGCAUUAACAUUUCCAAAAUAUUAAGCAUUUCCUUGCAUUAGUGCCUUUCUUUUUGAGAAAUGUCAUUUCAGCUGCAGAGCCACUAAAUAUUCCAAAAUAAGUGUUAAAAAUACAUAUAAGAAGCAUUAAAUUUCUUCAAAAAGCAUUCAUUGAAGUUACUUAAAGUAUAAAAUUUCAACUUGAUAUAUCAUAAUUUUCCUAAAACCAUUAAAAUUUCCAAGAUUUCCACUAACGCUUGAAAAAAGCACCUAUAGGUUAUCAUGAUUCACUAAAAUUUCCAGGAUUUAUAUUAAUUUCCUGAAAUUUCUGACGUUGCCAUUACAUUUUCUAAAUGGUGUUUUGAAAUUUUUCAUGUGGCAUAAAAUUUUCUAAUAAAAUUAAUUUUUGGGCAUAAUUCACCUCGUAAAAGUCAAAAUUCUGGAGGUACACAAGUUAAUUUGAAUUUUUAAAACAUGGGUUCUGAUUGAAAUUCUACACUUUAUAAUAAUUAUUUAUUGAAAUUUUUCAUGUACUAUAAAAUGUUCUAUUUAUUAUCAAUAUUGAUUUUUCGGCUUUAUAAUUCAUCUCUAAACGUUAAAAUUCCGUAAAAUACAUUAUAAUUUCCCCAUUUUCUAUAAAUCCAUAAAAUGUUUAACUGAGGAAUUAAAAUUUCUUCUGGAAGUACAAAAGUUUAUUUGAAUUCCUUAAAAUUAACAUUAGAUCAAGCAUUAAUGUUUCUUCUGAGACUUCUCUAAAAAGUAUAAAAUUCAAUUAGAAGCAAUAAAAUUCAACUUGAUUGAAAUUCUACACUAAAUUUAUAAUAUUAAUGAAUUAUCUUUAUUUAACAGGCAAUCGAUUCUAAGCUUACAAUUUCUAUAAAUAUAUUAUCUUUCUUACUGAUAUUAUUUUAUUACCCUGUAU